AUCAUUAUCUAAUUAAAAAGCGGUGUGGAAAGACGCCAUUUUGCGCGGCGAAUCAUAACUAUAUCUAUUUACGAAAAAUACUCUAAAAGAUCGUGCAUCUCAUUCGACUCUUCGUUGCUUUCAUAUGAGGAAGUGAAUAAGCUGUUAAAUUCACGACUUUCUCUUUGAGGUUUCCAUAUCGUUUGUGGAUAUUUGCUAUUGAAAUGAAGACGGAAUUAUACUUGGGAAUAUCUUGACCGACCCUGAACAAUGGGCACAGAGUUGCCAAAAACUGAAGACUCCAGUGGUGAUUCGGAUGCUAAUAAUGAUUCUGAGCAUAGCAGCUCCAGCAAUUCAUCUGGAAGUGAAUGGGAGUGCUCAGAUGUAAAACAGGGCUCUGCACACAAACCACAUUUUUCUGUUACUUCAUGUGACACUGGUCUGAAGUUAAAAAUAGCAGCCAUUCCACCCAGAAAAGUUGCUAAUAAAAAAAAUGUCAAACCAUUUGUUAAAAAGAAAACAAUAGACAACACACCCAAAACACCUAAGGCAGUUAAGGACAAACCACCAAUCAAGAAAAACCACAAAUCACUGCUUACAACUAGCUCCAGUUCUGAUUCAUGCAGUAAAUGCUCUUCUGAUUCAUCAAGUGAAGAUGAUUUACCUUUAAAAACUGUUUCAAAAUUGUUACAACCAAAAGGAUCACCACUAAAAUCAUCAGCUAAAACAACUCCAAACAUAAUUUGUAAAAGUGACAGUGAUGAUAAGGAAGAGCUUGAUUGUAAUACUUCAAAAACUAAUAAGGACAAGAAUAGUAUCCCAAAGACAAGUGAUCCUGUAGUGAAAAAGACUAAAAGUGAUGAAGUAGUUAAUGAUGUGAUAGUGAAAAGAGGAAGGGGACGACCAAAAACAAAGAGAGUAUUACCGAUAGAUCAUAAAAAAAUAGGAAAUUUGCAGCUGUUGUUUAUGAAAACAUAA